ACUGCUUGAAUUGAACAAUGGAGAAAACAACCAGAGACUUUUUGUUGGCCAGUUUGAAUGACUUGCUGGAUGCAGAUUUAAAGAGUUUCUGCGGCAAACUGUGUGACAGUAAACUGGAACCGCGCAUUCCCCGCGGAUCUGUCGAGCGAAAGGAUAGAGAAGACAUCGCGAGUCUUCUUAUAGAAACAUACACUGAGAGCAGAGCUGUGGAGGUGACAUGCCAGAUCCUGAGAUCUAUUCGCUUCAAUCAAACUGCAGAAAAACUGCAAUCUGACUACGAAAGUAGAUACCCGGCGCCCCAGCAUGAGCAGGUGGACACAAAGUCAGGAAAUAAUCAGAUACGUGUGAAGGACAUGUGCAAGGAUACAUUUGGGCUUAUUCCAUGCAGCCAAGAGUUUAAAGACAAAAUCCUUAAAGAAAAGGGGAAUGAGAUUUACAAACCACUGGACAAGUCUGUGAGGAAACGAAAAGCCCUGCUAAUCACCAACAUUGAAUUUGACAAUGAGAAAAUGUACAGGAGUGGGGCGGACAAAGAUGAAGAGAACAUGGAGUGGCUGUUAAAACAGCUGGAUUAUCAAGUAGUGAAAUACAGAAAUCUCUCUGGAAUGGAAAUUGAUGAUGCAGUCAAGAACUUCGCUGCACCUGUGGAACAUGUACAUUCAGACAGCACCUUUGUGGUUAUCAUGUCCCAUGGGGACAGAAUUAAAAACAGAGAUGCCAUUUUAGGUGUCCAUUAUGGUGACAGGAACACCGAUGACUUUUUCUUUGUUGAUAAGAUCUUCUCCCAUCUGAACACAGAGAAUUGUGCAGCACUGCAUGAUAAACCAAAAGUUAUCCUUAUUCAAGCCUGCAGAGGAGGCAAGUAUGGAGGUGUGGAGAUCAAUGAAGGUGAACACAAUGAGCUAUGGAAUAUAAAGCACGAUGGCUGGGUGCACAAGGAGAAGGACUUUGCUUGUCUUAUGUCCUGCACCCCUGAAUGUCGCUCUGCCAGGAAUCCUUAUUUGGGAUCGCCUUACAUCAGACACUUAGUGAGUGUGUUCUGUGAAAGUGCACAUGAGAUUCACAUUGAUGAAUUGUUCAGGAAGGUUAUGCAACGCUUCGAGAGUGACCCAAUAAGGAAAGGAGCUUCUAAACAAAUGGCAUGUAUAGAAAGGGAAACCCUUGUAAAACAGUUCUACUUGUUCCCUGGACUUUAAUAUCAAAGUAAAAUCUGACAUGCUCUUGACACAGGAUCUUUGUGCCAUCCCAUUCUAGUCCAAAGCAUGUUCAAUAAAAAAAUUAAUAUUCUUCUCUAUACAAAAACUAUCCUAUUGUGCUUAUAUUUCAGGAAUAGUUCAUCCAAAAAUGUCAGCAGAAGAAAGAAAUUCAUACGUGUUUGAAACAGCAUUAGUUUGAGUAACUGAUGAGAGAAUUUUAAUUUUUGGGUGAACUAUUCCUUUAACUAACCAGUCCAACCAUAUAUCCCCAUCCCUACCCCCACAAACAAAUAUGUUGAACAUUGAACAAAUGAAGAUUAGUCUACUCUUUUCUGAUUAUGAUAAUAUAGAAAAUCAUUGUCAUCAAUCAAGAACUCAGGAAUGUUUUGUCAUGCCAGUCAUAUGUUG